AUGAAUAAAAUUAUUAUUUUAAUUUUAUCAUUAUUAGGUUUAGUUUGUGUUUUUGGACAAAAUGUUGUACCAUAUCCACAACAAAUCACCUUAACCAAUAACUGUUAUGUUUCAGUAUCACCAGGAUCAAUUUCAAUUUCACCAAGUAUCCAAUCGACCACAUUCAAUAUUGCUGUUGAAAGAUAUUUAAAUCUUUUCUUCCCAUUCACCAACACAAGUUCAACUUCAGAUAAAAUCACUUUAUCAGUUUCAAUUAAUAGUGAUGAUGAAACCCUUCAAUUAGGUAUUGAUGAAUCAUACACAUUAAAUAUUGCACAAGGUUCCCUUGAAUUAAAGUCAAAUACAAUCUAUGGUGCUAUGAGAGGUUUAGAAACUUUCAAACAAAUGAUUGUCUAUGAUGUUACCAGUAACACCUAUUCAAUCCAAUGUGCUCAAAUCGUUGAUUACCCAAGAUACCCAUGGAGAGGUAUCAUGGUCGAUAGUGCACGUCACUUCAUUACAAAGAAUUUCAUUCUUCACAUCAUCGAUGCUUUAGGUUACAACAAAUUCAACACUAUGCAUUGGCAUUUAGUUGAUGCUCAAUCAUUUGCUGUAGAAUCAACAACCUAUCCAGAUUUAACCCAAGCUGCCUUUGGUCCAAAAGCUGUUUUCUCACAUGAUGAUAUCCAAGAGGUUGUAGCCUAUGCCAAAACCUAUGGUAUUCGUGUUAUUCCAGAGUUUGAUAUUCCAGGUCAUGCCGCUGCUUGGGGUGUUGGUUAUCCAGAGUUAACAUGCACUUGUCCAGAUUACGCUGCCAAUAUUAAUAACAUUCCAUUAGAUAUCUCUAAUCCAAAUACCUUAACUUUCCUUCAAAACUUUUUCAGUGAAAUCGCCCCACUUUUCCCAGAUCAACAUUUCCAUACUGGUGGUGAUGAACUUGUUACUGGUUGUUGGAAUGAAGAUCAAAAUAUGGUUUCAUGGAUGGAAAAAAUGGGUUUCUCCACUACCGAUGCCUUCCAAUAUUUUGAAAAUAAUCUCGAUGUUACUAUGAAAGUAAUUAAUCGUACUAAGAUGACUUGGAACGAUCCAAUCGACUAUGGUGUACAAUUAUCCCCAGAUACUGUUGUUCAAGUUUGGAGCUCAGGUGCAGACCUUCAAGGUAUUCUUAACAGUGGUUAUAAAUCAAUUGUUUCAUUCGCUUGGUAUUUAGAUAAACAAGUACCAGAUGGUAACACUCACUACGAAUGGCAAGAUACAUGGCAAGAUUUCUACAAUGCUGAUCCAGUCAAUGGUAUUACCUCAAAUGCCCAAAACAUUAUUGGUGGUGAAGCUGCUAUGUUUGCUGAACAAGUUAGUGAAGUUAAUUGGGAUGUUAGAGUUUGGCCAAGAGCAAUCGGUGUUGCUGAAAGAUUAUGGUCCUCACAAGGUACCAACUCUGUCACUUCAGCUCUCCCAAGAAUUGGUGCCUUUUCAUGUGAUAUGUCACGUCGUGGUAUUCAAUCUGGUCCACUUUUCACUGACUACUGUCCAUUACCAGAAGAUUUAGCUUUUACCUUAAAACCAACUAUGAAAUUAUCAAAAUCAGAAAUUAAACAAAUUUUAAAUAACUAA